GCAUCCGACAGCAUCCGACGCGUUCAUGUCGAGCAACUCGUCGCAGCCCAAAAAAGAAAAACACCCGUCUACCGCGGCGAGAUCCGCACCGACUUUCGGCGUGGCGCCAACGCGUCGCCACUCGCCCCGGAGGUGCGCACAGACUUUCGCGCGGCAGCGCGUCCACAGGCGACGCCGCCCCACGAGGCGCGCACGGACUUCCGGCGCACGGCCACCGCGUCGCCCGGGGUGAGCAGCCACGGGCGCGCGUCGCCGGCAUCAACCAACGGCGGUCGCCACCCGUCCAGCGCCGACUCGAUCUCAUCCGGCCACUCAAACGAGCCGCGUAGCAUCCACAGCAACCAGCACCACCCGCCGGCGACGAUCCCGGACGUGCCGCACCUCGAAGGCGACGUGGCCAUGCUCUCGAGCGAGAACGGGUUUGACGGCAAGCCCCACGAAGGCAACGACGAGUACUACGCGUACCUCUGGACGAUCGAAGGCGCGCGCUACAAGAAGAUUUACUUUGGCCUCCCCGGGCUCGUGAUUGCCAUCGUUCUCGGCGUCGUUCUUGCCUUUGGCGUCGACCAAGCGACGCGCCUCGAGAGUCUCUCGCCCGAUGCGAUUGACGCGAUGCCGAUGGCCGACGUCCUGCGUGAAAUCGCGUCGUACCAAGCCAACCUCGAGACCAAAACCAUGUGGAACGACUGGAUCGAGCUGCCGGGCGACAUGCUCAUCCGCGCGCUCUCGUGCCUUGUCGUGCCGCUCAUCUUUGUCAACGUGACUAUCGGGAUCGCCGACCUCUUUCAGCUCAGCAAGAGCAAGAUGGUCGGGUCGCGCAUGGUCUUUCUCUUCGUGACGCUCUCGCUGCUGGCCGCCAUCGAAGGUGUCCUCCUCGCGUCGCUCCUUCCCAAGAGCGUCUACCGCACCAAGUCGACGUCGCUCAUCACGGGCAGCACAACCAACAACGGGUCGAUUCCCAUGACCAUGGGGUGCCCGUUGAGCCCGACGACCAACCUCACGGGCUUUGUCGGUGUCACGUCGACGGGCGAGAUGGCCUGCAUGGCGCGCGAGACGACGCUCUCAAUCAACGACACCAACGCCGUGUACCAGCAAGCGUCGAGCGUGACCGCGACGACGCAAGGGCCGGAGCAAGUCUUCUUCACGCUCAUGAACGAACUCGUGGCCGACAACCUUGUCGGUGCGUUCGUCCAAGACAGCGCGCUCGUCAGCGUCGUCGUCUUUGCGAUGCCGCUCGGUGUCGUCCUCGCCAAGAUCUCGCACUCGAACCACGCGAUUUUGGACCUCUUUCGGCAGCUCAACUCGAUCUUCCUCAUCAUGAUUGGGUGGGUCAUCAACUUUGUGCCCAUCGCUGUCCUCUUCCUUGUCGCGUCGUCGUUUGUGCUGCCGGAAGACCCGACGUACACGAACCCGCUGCCCAACGUUCAAACCUUCUCGAAAGCCGCGGCGAACGCGACCGCCGACACGAUUCUGUCGCCGGCCGAGGCCGCGCUCACGCUCGCGUACCGCCAGGCGCUGCACAUGAUCAUUGUGCGUCAGAACUCGUUUUUUGGCAACUUUUCGGCCGCGGCGCAAGCCAUCGGCGCGCUCACAGCCAUCUUCGCCGCCGGCACGUUGCUCCACUGCUACAUUGUGCUACCGACGUUUGGCUUUCUCACGACGCGCCGCAGCUUUUACGCCUACGUGUUUGCGAUCAAGAAGCCGCUCCACUUUGGCUUUGCCUCGUCGGCGUCGCUCGCGGCGCUACCGAUGCUCAUCCAGGCCAUCGAUGCGACGCGGACCGUCUCGCAGCAGCUCGUGCGCUUCGUGACACCGGUGGCCACCGGUAUCCACAUGGACGGCGCGGCCUUUUACCUCGCGGCGUGCACCGUGUUUUUGAUGAAGUCGCAAAUGGCCAGCGACGACGUCGGCGCCGACGCGUUUGGGCUCGGCAUCGGCAAGGUCAUUUUGAUCGUCUUUGCGUCCGUGAUCACGUCCUGGAACAUCUCGCCGAUCCCGCACGGCGGCCUCAUUUGGGUCACGGCCGUCUGGAACUCGGUCGUGAGCGACGUCGCGCCGGCCAACUUUGUGUGGAUCGUCGCCAUGGACGUGCUCCUCGACCGGUUUGCUACGUACAUGAACAUUAUGGGCAACGCGGUCGUGACGCGCAUCAUUGCCGAGCAAAUCGACGAGACGUACGUCGACGAACAAGACCGUCUCGACUCGAUUGACGACGCGACGCCGCCCGUUGUCAUCCCCACGCGUACUUAUAGAAGAAGACACACAUCCACAGUCUCCAAAACCUCGUCGGAUUGCACGGAGGCACUAGAGCUGUAUCACUAA